AACGUCUUCCUAGUUUUUUGCAUAUGGAAAGUUUGUUUUUAUUUACAAUUUUUGAGUUCACCUUAAAAAAGAAAAUUUGAUUAAAAUACAAAACACUCAUAUGGGAGGCUCCAGCACUUUCUAGCCCUUUUCCCAGGGGCUCAGCAGAGACGUGACGUAAGCACCAAGAGGAGAGACAGCUAGAGCGCCCCAUGCUGGCACUGCAGGAAAGCGCUCAUUUGUACGGGCUUCCAAUUAGUGGAGUCGGGGGAGUGGGUGCGCAUGCGCAUUCUCUCCAGCUAGCCGGCUGUGCGCGUUCGGGACGCCCUGUGCAUGGAGGCCCGGCGUGCUCUAGGGGAGGCCUUCGGAAGUCUGAGGCUCAAGGCUCAAGUCGAGUAGGCGGGAACCUCGCCGUGGCGGCAGUGAUGUUCGUGGCGCGCAGUAUCGCGGCGGAUCAUAAGGAUCUCAUCCACGAUGUGUCCUUUGACUUCCACGGGCGGCGAAUGGCGACUUGCUCCAGUGACCAGAGUGUGAAGGUCUGGGACAAAAGUGAAAGUGGGGAUUGGCACUGCACUGCUAGCUGGAAGACACAUAGUGGUUCUGUGUGGCGUGUGACCUGGGCACAUCCUGAAUUUGGACAGGUUUUGGCUUCCUGUUCUUUUGACAGAACUGCUGCUGUUUGGGAAGAAAUAGUGGGAGAGUCCAAUGACAAACUUCGAGGACAAAGUCAUUGGGUUAAGAGGACCACUUUGGUCGAUAGCAGAACAUCGGUUACUGAUGUGAAGUUUGCUCCUAAGCAUAUGGGUCUUAUGCUAGCAACCUGUUCAGCAGAUGGUGUGGUGAGAGUAUAUGAAGCUCCAGAUGUUAUGAAUCUUAGUCAAUGGUCAUUGCAGCAUGAAAUCUCAUGUAAGCUAAGCUGUAGUUGUAUUUCAUGGAAUCCUUCAAGUUCUCGUGCUCAUCCCCCCAUGAUAGCUGUAGGAAGUGAUGACAGUAGUCCAAAUAUAUCUGCUAAGGUUCAGAUUUAUGAAUAUAACGAAAACACCAGGAAAUAUGCAAAAGCAGAAUCCCUUAUGACAGUCACUGAUCCUGUACAUGAUAUCUCAUUUGCGCCAAAUUUGGGACGAUCAUUCCAUAUCCUAGCCGUAGCAACCAAAGAUGUGAGGAUUUUCACGUUAAAACCUGUAAGGAAAGAAUUAACUUCUUCUGGUGGUCCAACAAAAUUUGAGAUUCAUAUAGUAGCUCAAUUUGAUAAUCACAACUCUCAGGUUUGGCGAGUGAGUUGGAAUAUAACAGGGACAGUACUAGCAUCAUCUGGAGAUGAUGGCUGUGUAAGAUUGUGGAAAGCUAAUUAUAUGGACAAUUGGAAGUGUACUGGUGUUUUGAAAGGUAAUGGGAGCCCAGUCAAUGGGAGCUCUUCUCAACAGGGAAUCUCAAAUGCUUCUUUAGGGUCAAACAAUCCAAAUCUACAAAAUUCACUCAAUGGAUCUUCGACUAGCAGGUAUUUCUUUCCCCCUCUGGAUUCCCCACGGGCUGGAUCAAGAUGGUCCAGUUAUGCCCAGAUCCUUCCUCCUCCUCCUCCUCCUCCUCCUCCUCUGAUAGAGCACUCUUGCGAUGCUGACACUGCCAACCUCCAGUAUCCUCACCCUCGCAGACGAUAUAUCUCUCAGCCUCUUAAUCCCUUACCUGAGAAUGAAGGAGUUUAAAACACUCACUUAAAAAUUUAAAAGGCCUUAUUCAGAUGUUUGUAAAUGCUUUCAUUCCUGGCAGCUUUUUUUUCUUUCAUUUUUUUUUUCAGAUAUUUUCUAAAUUCAGGGAUCUUGCAUGUAUUGCAAUUAGGACAAAGAAAUUUGAAUUUAAAUAUGUUUGUGCUUGUGCAUCAAAGGACUGUUUGUUUCUUUUAUUGAUACCCUUUGAUGAAAUAUGACAUGUACAAGCAUUAUUAACUGUGAAAGCUAUGUGGAAAAAUAGCUUACUUCAAAGUGCCUGUCCUUUACAUUUUAUUUUGUACUUAGUUUACUAUCAUGGUCUUGAGUUUUUGCUUUGUCACAUUCAUGUGUAAGUGUAUAAUUAUAAAGUUCAACAUACCCUUGAAACAUACGCUAGGAACUGUUUUUGAAUUCUGAUGGCUGGUGUUGGAACUAAUUAGUUAAGCAAAAUAAACCAUUCCUGUGUAUAAUGCAGCAAAAAAUAAUUUGUAGUGUUUGGUCAUUUUUAAAGAAGCUGCCAUUCUGAGUGUAAAUAUUGAUU